CAAACUUAAUUUUGAGUAGCAAAAAUCCAAAACAACGUUCACAAUCGAGGACAGCAACAUGGAGGACUGGAAGAUAACGCCGGACGAGCUUAUCCGGCUGCGGGAAAGCUGUCUUCAGUGCAUCCGGGAUGGAGAACUCUACGAGCUGCGCAACGAUGCCAAACUAAGGGCUGUUUAUAGUACCCAAACCUACGAGGAAUUCAAGGAUAUAGUGGAUGCCGCUCAUCUUCGUCCAGUGACCAGAAGUGACAAGGCUAAUGCCCAGACUAAGAACCGACUAUGGAACUCAACCGCCCGUGAUUGAUCGAUUCCCAAAUAAAAAAGAGAGCUCAGAGGUAUAA